AUGCUUGUACAUUUAUCAUCAACUAGUCCAUAUGUUUGUGAUAUAAGUCUCGGACCUAUUGAACAGGCUAAUCGUAUGGCUUCAGCACCAACAAUACAAUCAUUAUCAUAUCUUGAAAUAAAAGAAAGUUUUCCAAAAUUUCAACAAACUCGUACACCAUUAAAACUUCUUGCACCUGAUGAAAUACCUAUUGAUACAAGUAUUGCUCCAACAAUAACAAUGACAACAGAAAAUAAUCCUAGUCGACAACAAAGUCUACAACCAGUUUGGUAUACUGAACAAACCAUAGUUGAUGAUAAUAAUGAACAAAAUAUUAUUUCUAUUAUACAAGAACAACAACGAAAUUCAAUUCAAUCAUCUUGUCAUCAUCAUAAUGAAUUAACACGUUUAACAUUACCAACAAUUGAAAGUAAUAGUCCAGAAAUAGAAGAUGAAAUCAUUGAAAAAGAAACACUUUCAAAUAGACCAUCAUUAAUGCGUAAAUCAUCAACAUUUACAAUUGAACAACAAUCAUCAAUUAAUAUUCCAUCACCAUUAAAUGAAUCGGAAAAAGAAAAUGAUUACAAUACUAUUAUGACAUCAACACAGUACGUUCAAUUUUAUCUUAGAUUGAAUUUUGAAAAUGCGAAAAUCUAUUAG